CAGUUGAAUGCCUUAAAGAUGAAAACAAACCCCACCAAAACAUAAAUAAUUAGAGUGCUGGGCCGGUCACACAACUUGAGAAUCCAGUCUGUCAGGUUGGUGUGAGCUUCAUUUUCAGUGGUUUCAAUUCAGAUUGGAUACAGAGGUUCUUGGCCACAAGCUGCGGCCUCCAAAGUAAAGCCGCUGUUGCUCAGUUCACCGAGGCAUGUUGACCAGGCAAGUUAGUGUGUGGUGGAGGGGGGAUGGGAAGCAAUUUUUUAACCUUUAAUCCGCGGGCUGUUUGAUGAGGCUGACAGGCGGAAUGGAGGCGCAGACCUGUAGAUGCAGAGCAGGAGCCAGCUGUGUCAGGGGAAGCAGCUCUGUUAUCCAGUGGCCGGGCCUCCAGGGAGAGCAAAAUGGGUAGAGCCUCCGUGUAACAGCUCUCUAUUGAUCAGCCUCUUUCUGAGCCUCAGACUGACACUCCCAUUCUCAAGCCAGGGCCUUGGUGGGGUCUUCCUGGCUUUUUAGGACGGCUCUGAGUAACAGCAGCAAUGAGGUACCAUGCCAGCUGGGUGUUAGAGAUGAGUGUGCACAGCAGAGCUGGGCCACUUCCUAAUUUGCUGGCUCAGGAGUGACAGGCUGGCUGCCUGGAUGAAACAGUACUCUCCCCUCGCAAGCCUACUAGGAUGGGCCAGUGCUGCUGCAAGCCCCAUGACUGCCUCCAGUGCCUGGACAAGACGAGUGAAAGUGCCCUAGUGAAAGAGAGGGAACUGUCCCUGGAACUUGCCAACCUCAGGAAUGAAGUGGCCUUCAACACAGCCCGUUGGGAGCGUCUGCAACAGGACAAGGAAGAGCUGGAAAAGCACUUCGAGAGGGAGCUGAGGAGGCUGCACAUGCAGCAGGAGGCCGAGCUGAAAGCGCUAGAGGACAGGCUGAGGUCCCACCACAGGGCUGAGCAGGACAGGCUGCAGGCAGAGCACCAGGCUCUCCUGGAGAUGAUCAGCAGCCAACACCAAGAGCAGAUUGAAGAAAUGAAUGUAAACCACAGCGCAGCUGUACUGGAGAUGGAGAAUAUUCACACUGUAACUAUUGCUGAGCUUCAGGAUGAACAUGAAAAAGAAGUGAAAGAGUUGAAGGAAGCCCAUGAACUCGAAAGAAAAAGACUGGAAGAAGAAUUUGAAAAAUUAAGGCUAUCACUGCAGGACCAGGUGGACACUCUGACAUUCCAGAACCGCAGCCUGAGGGACAGAGCCAAAAGGUUUGAGGAGGCACUGCGGAAGAGCACCGAUGAGCAGAUUGAGGAUGCACUAGCCCCUUAUCUGCACAUUGAGGAAGACCUAAAAAGCCUGAAGCAUAUUCUGGAGAUGAAAAAUCAGCAGAUCCAUGAGCAAGAGAAGAAAAUCGUGCAACUGGAAAAGCUGGUUGAGAAGAAUGUCGUUUUAGAGGAAAGAGUUCAAGUGCUUCAACAACAGAAUGAAGACCUCAAAGCCAGGAUAGAUCAAAACAUUGCUGUUUCCAGGCAACUUUCGGAGGAGAACGCCAACCUGCAGGAGUACGUGGAGAAGGAGAGCAAUGAGAAGAAGCGACUGAGCCGCACCAAUGAGGAGCUGCUGUGGCGGCUGCAGGCCGGGGAGGUCCUGAGCCCUAGGAUGUCACCCUCCUCCUCACCCGUCCACCGCGCCUCUCCGGGUCCCGCCUCACCGUCCAGACUCAACUCCUUCCCCAGAUGAAGGCACCUCUGCUUUCCCUCUGGAAUUGGAGAAUUGCUCCCCAGUCUGUCCUGAGGGAGUUACGCCAACGUAGCCGCCGCCCUUCCCAAAUGGAACUGUAUGUUACUUUCAAGAUGCACAAAAUAAACAAAGGGAGCCUUCUCUUACCCACCUCCAUCAAAGGUUUCACUGUAGGAAGAUGCCUCUCAGACCCUUCCACAUUCAGCUCCCUCUGUCUCUCCCACACGAGUACAAAACCAAUGCAUUUCCGCAUCAGUCAGUGAAACUUGUCCCUUUCUGACAUUGUCUAACAUACCACAGGUAUACAACAGACAAAAACGGGCAGUUUGGGAAUGUAGACGUUUCUUCUUUCCUGCCCCUUAGCCCUCCAUGAUGAAAAGAAAUGAAUGAACAAGCAAACAAAAACGAAACCGCUUCAAUAGAUCUCUAGGACCAGUUUAAACAUCCAGGAAUGGAUUUCUAGCACACUGUGCCUCUUUUCUCAAGGUAGCCUCUUUCCUCAUCUGCUGUUCCUUCAGCUUGGGUCAGACCAACACAACAACGUUUCCGAGAAGCGCCUUGCAGUCUGCCGCUUGUUGGCACUCAUGUCCAAAUUCAUACACCAGCAGUUUACCUUGAAUGACCCUUCAACUGCCUUCUGAAAAAAACAAACUGAAAUGGAGUGCUAACUUUAGCAGUGGAUCUUUUGUUUUGCUCAUGCUGUGUGGUUCUGUGAGAAGGCUGCCCAUAAGAGAGAAGAUUUCAUCAUGUUGUAUAGCUUGUUUUUUCUAAUAUUUGUAUUUAUUUGACUUUUUUCUAUAAAGCAUGGAAUGUAAGUCUUCCAGAUGUAACAGCGGAUUCUCGUAAUGUUCUUGUACAGAUUGGUUAAAUUAACCUUCCGCCACCCUCUUCUCAACAUUUGGUGGAGUCUGGGUCUUUCUUCCUCCAUUUUAGUCCUGCUUAUUUUUUACUCAGUGAAAGGUGAAUCUGAAGUAUGGUCAGUGUAGAAUUAAGUAUUUACUGUACAAGUCCAGGUCAACCUUUUAAUACCUCUCAUGCACAAGUAGCAUCUAGGGAAAAUGUCUGUCUGGAAUGAUUUAGAAAAAUUGUAGAUAUUAGAAAUAUUUCUAUCUGUAAUUGUGAUACAUUCAGGGAUAUUUGCCGUGCCAACUAACCCCCACUAUAUAAGACAUUGAUUAUAUGUCCUGAAUGUGUCUUGCAUAGGUGGGAAAGUUAGGGCUGAAGAACAAAUCAAACCCACCAAGAACUGUUCUUGCAGGUGUUUUCGUAAUCUUUGGACUGGAACUGACACUGACAAAUUGAUGUUAUUUUAUUCCAAGGAAUAAUUUUCAACCAAGUUGUAUCGUGUAUGAAUUUAAAUAUAUCCAACAAUUUCCAUACCAACCAUUUGCCCAUCUUUUUGCCUGCUUAUUUGGGCCACUUAAUACUGUGUUAAAUUAAGACAUGCUUAACAAUCUUAGCUGGAAUUAAAGCAAAAUAUUAAAUUCGUGCAUCACGCUU